AUGGAGCCUGUUGGCGCAUUCUCCGCCAUUUUGACUAUUGCAGCGGAAUUCCUUCACGUCUCCAAAGAUCUUCGCCGCUGCUUUCGGACCCUCAAGUACGCCAAGAAAGACGUCGAGGCGAUCUACGACGAAGUGGAACCAUUUAGCACCCUUCUAAGCAUGUUCCACGACGCUGUCACGGACGAUCGUUUCGUUGACGACGAUAUCUUGAGGCAAAGGGAAACAUCAGACAUAGCGCAACACAUCGUCACAUCAGGGAGGAGAGCCUUGGACAGAAUUGAUGACAUUUUGGCUAGGCUUGACCCUCUGAGAAUCGACAGGGACUACACAACUCUCCAGCAAUGGUAUGCUCACUGGAGGUGGUUCAUGCGCAAGGAGGACUGGUCACCUAUCUGCACUUUACUCAAUUCCAUCAAGACUAGCGCUAUCUUACUCAUGGCGAUUCUACAUCGCUAUCAACUUCUUCAGAAGUUCGAGCAGUUGCAUGCCGACCAGGGAGCUAUCCCGAACGAGCUGCUUCAACAACUUUCCUUAAAUGCAAGUCAAGUCAAGACCAUGCUUUCGAGCUGCAAGAAGACCGAAAGAGAGUGUAGAAAGAACGCCAGAGAGUGCAAACGAAUGCAAGUCCGGCAGGAAGAAAUGCUGCGGAUGACUCGAGAACUUGUUGCACUGGCAUUUCAUUUGACUCAAUCUCAUAUUGCGUCGCAUCCUGAACUCGAAGCUGUCCUGGGCCGCAGAGGGCUUGCAUCUUUCGUCCCCAGCGACCCGACGACAUCAAGGAAUUCUGGAUCAUCUGGCAGGCGUCCCACACGACCUCCUAAGCCCAGCAGUCCCAGGGGUCCUCGAUCAGGACCUUCUUCACGCCGUGUGCCGGUUCACAAAACACCUUCAGCUACCGCAGAUAAUCCGUCCGUUCCAGUAAUCCCUCUAACCAUUUCCGCACAUCCACCGGCGGCUGAAAAUCCAACGCCUCCACCGCAUCUACCUGGAUCUGAUAUACCAUCAGGCCAAGCAGUCUCGUCGGGAAGGUCGAGCCCAGACUCUGAGUCGGACAACUCUGGAACAGCAUCACCACGUUCGACCCCGGCCAACAAAGUCCGAACCUGGGUUCCAACAGCGAUUGUUGGGCCGCCAGAACCAAGUAUACGUCCAGCAAAUCCUCGACGGUCAGAUGGAAAUCUGUCGGAGCGUCCGGUCAUUGUUGAUGAUGGCCAGGGCAUCCGGGAAGAAUUCCGUCGUCCCAGGAGACCACCAGGAUUGCCCCACGCCGGCUGAAGAUUGAGCGUCUCACUGUCAUCGCA